CACAUUCGUCUGUCAAUUGAGAAUCGCUGUAUAUCGUUUGUUUUGUUUGUGAUUCGGUUUAGCUUUUAAACCGAGCAAAGAGAUUCUAUUUAUCGCGGAAUGGCAUCCGGAGGUGGAAAAAAGCAAGCAAACCGGAAUUCUACAUCGAAUUCAACGGCUCCCGCCCCAAAUUCAACGGCACAAGAAAAACCAGAGAAGCCCGAAUAUGUGCCACAAUUUAUGCAAGAAAUUUCCGAUAUAAUGCGUGGUUAUGGUGAUUGUGAAAAACCAUUGAUGCAAACGGUGAUUUUAGUCGAAAAAAUUGUGAUCGAACAAAUGAGAUCGUUGCUCAUUGAUAUUAUUAAUGUGGCUAUGGAUCGAAAGGGUAAGCCACAACCAACACAAAAAGAUUUUGAAUUUAUGAUGAGAAAACAUCCAACGAAGCUAUUUCGCUUGCAAAAGCAUCUCAAAGAUUUGGACUUCAAGCGACGAUAUCAAGACAUGAUAUCAGGUCGACCGAUGACAUAUGCCGAGGACUUUGAUGAGGAAAAUUUUGAAGAACCAGAAGAAGUUGCCGAAAAAUAUGACGAAGAGAAAGUGCGCCGAUUGUUUAGAGCUGACCGUAUCUCGUUAACACUAGACGCAAAAAAAUAUGCUGAAUUUAAUGAGGCUCGUCGAACAUCAUUCCAUUGCCGAAAUUCGGCUGCAAUCAAGGCAAAAUUAAAGACCAUUAUAAAUCCACCGGCCGGUGCCACCAUUUCGGGUCAUGUAUAUACCAUUUUGGGUUAUUUGGUGCACGAGACUAUCGCAACACUUUGUGACUAUGCUAUCUUAACACGAUUGGAUUCAAGUAAUCGUGCUGUUGAUCCAUUUCAUCGUAUCGCAACUUCAGGCACUUCAUUUUCAAUGAUGCAUUUAUGUCCCGAAGUAACACAAGGCCGAGCCGAAGAUGGAAUCAAACCAAUUACAGUUCAAGAGAUUCAAGAGGCAAUGCGACGACACACAAUGAACUACGAAAGACCCUUGGGAUUGCAUCGAAACAUCAUAGAUCGUUAUUCGUCAAUGCCUUAUUUAGCUAUAUAAAUUUUAUGAUACUCAUAGUAUUACAUAUAUGUAUGAUGAAUGCUCAUCGAAUAACCAUCAAUAGCACAUAGCUUCAAACUGUCAAAUCAUAACCUCAAUUUUGGCAUAUUAUCAUUCUUGUACAUUCAAUCGGUUGUGUUGUUUAAAAUAAAUCGAUUGUAGCAAAA